AUGGAACAGAGCAGUCAUCAGGAAGGAACUUCAAAUGGCAAUCAACCUCCAGUCCCUGUUUCUCUGGAUCUAACCAGUGUAUUCUAUGUUCAUCCUUCCGAGAAUGCUGGGUCUACUCUCGUCCCUGUCUUGUUCGAUGGAUCUGGAUAUCGUUCAUGGAGACGAGCUGUUCUUCGAGGCCUAUCAGUAAAGAACAAAACAGGUUUCAUCAAUGGAAAAGUGCAAAGACCAUCUACAGAUUCAGCCGAAUUUCCUCAGUGGGAGAGAUGUGAUGAUAUGGUCACUUCCUGGAUUCUGAAUUUUCUGUCCAAAGAUCUCAGAGAUAGCCUGCAAUAUGUAGACAAUGCAAGAGAACUUUGGAUCGAAUUAGAGGACAAGUAUGAUCAAACUAAUGGAGCUAAAUUGUAUCAACUUCAGCGCGAAAUCAAUGACCUCAGUCAGGGGAACUUGGACAUUACUGGGUACUACACCAGAAUUAAGAAGUUAUGA